GUAUAUGUAUGGGGGGGAUAUUAUGGGAUGCCUGCCCCCUGAUCUCUUUGUGUGUGCGCGCUGCGCGGGCGUGAGUGCGUGUGUGUGUGCAGGAAAAAGAGAAAGAAAGAAAGAGAGAAGGACGACGUCGUUGUUGCUGCAACGCGGUUCACACACGGAAAUACUCUUAAAUGUGCAGCACAAACCCGGAGACCAACAAACUGAGCCUGGACUGGUCCGAGCUGGAGGCUGCAAGUUAAUCCAGACUGGGGUCCAAAAAAAAACAAACUCUUGGAUUAACUUUUUUUUAUUUUAGUUGGGGCUGACCAAAAAAAAAGCAGAAAAAGUUUGUUUUCUUCCUCGCUGGGAUGUCUGGGAGCGAGGAUGACAGGGAGGACUACCAAGCCGCCGCCGAGGAGAGACUCAUGCACGAUGAUGAAGAAGAGGAGCUCUCAGAGACCGAGGCUCCCAAGGUGAAGAAGAAGAAGAAAGCCAAGAAGAGUCGAGAGAGCAAGGGCAGCAAGAGGCGCUCUCGCAGAGAGGAGCUGGCCGUCAGCUCCCCGGAGCCCAUGGAGAUGGGCGGGGUGGAGGAUGCAGAAGACGGCCGCCCUGCCCAGCGCUCCGACAGCGAGGGCAGCGACUACACUCCAGGGCGCAAGAAGAAGAAGAAAGGCAGCAGCGGCAAAGAGAAGAAGAGGAGCAGCAGCGGGGCCGACAGGAGCUCCUCCAAACGGAAAGAGCCGGAGCCGGAGGAAGACGAGGACGACGAUGAUGACGAUAGCUCGGAGCCGAAGUCGUCGUCUCAGCUGCUGGACGACUGGGGCAUGGAGGACAUCGAUCACGUCUUCACCGAGGAGGAUUACAGAUCUCUGACCAACUACAAGGCCUUCAGCCAGUUCGUCAGACCCCUGAUCGCAGCCAAGAACCCCAAGAUCGCCGUGUCCAAGAUGAUGAUGGUUCUGGGCGCCAAGUGGCGCGAGUUCAGCACCAACAACCCGUUACGAGGCGCGGCUGCUGCCAACGCCGCCCUGGCCACCGCCAACGUACCGGCCGCCGUGGACAACAUGGUGGCCGAGGUGGCCCCGGUGGUCGUGGCCCCGCCGCCCCCGCCCCCGCCAGAGCCGCUGCAGACGCCGGCACCGCCGCUACGCAAGGCCAAGACCAAGGAGGGGAAAGGUCCCAACGCCCGCAAGAAACCCAAACCAACUCCCAAAUCACAAGAGAAGAAGAGCAACGCUAAGACGAAGAAAGUUGCUCCUUUAAAAAUCAAACUGGGAGGCUUCAACAGCAAGAGGAAACGCUCAUCAAGCGAGGAGGACGAGCCUGAUAUCGACAGCGACUAUGAAAACGGCAGCAUCACCAGCGUCUCCGUCUCAGAAGGUUCAACCAGCCGGGGCAGCCGCGGCAAAAAGAAGCCGGCCAAGAGCAAACCCAAGAAGAAGAAAGAAUCGGAGGAAGGGGACGGCUACGAGACGGACCACCAGGACUACUGUGAGGUUUGCCAGCAGGGCGGGGAGAUCAUCCUGUGCGACACGUGUCCCCGAGCGUACCACAUGGUGUGUCUGGACCCCGACAUGGAGAAGGCCCCAGAGGGCACGUGGAGCUGCCCGCACUGUGACAAGGAAGGGAUCCAGUGGGAGGCCCGAGAGGAGCCGUCGGAGGGAGAGGAGGAGGAGGCCGUGGAGAUUGAGGAGGACGACCACCACAUGGAGUUCUGCAGAGUGUGUAAAGAUGGAGGAGAGCUGCUCUGCUGCGACUCCUGCCCGUCGUCGUACCACAUCCACUGCCUCAACCCUCCACUACCGGAGAUCCCCAACGGAGAGUGGAUCUGCCCUCGCUGCACGUGUCCCCCCAUGAAGGGGAAGGUGCAGAAGAUCCUGACGUGGCGGUGGGGCGACCCGCCCCCAGCCACGCCCGUGCCCCGGCCCCCCGACCUGGCCGCCGACGCCCCCGACCCCGCGCCGCUGGCGGGACGACCGGACAGGGAGUUCUUCGCUAAAUGGUCCAACUUGUCCUACUGGCACUGCUCCUGGGUCACGGAGCUGCAGCUGGAGAUGCACUGCCAGGUGAUGUUCAGGAACUACCAGAGGAAGAACGACAUGGACGAGCCGCCGCCCAUCGACUUCGGCGAGGGCGAGGAGGACAAGUCCUUAAAGAGGAAGAACAAGGACCCCAUGUACGCCCAGCUGGAGGAGAAGUACCUGCGCUUCGGGAUCAAGUUCGAGUGGCUGAUGAUCCACCGCAUCCUGAACCACAGUGUGGACAGGAAGAACAACGCCCACUACCUGAUCAAGUGGCGAGACCUGGCCUACGACCAGGCCACCUGGGAGGGCGAGGAGAUGGACGUGCCCGAGUUCGACACCUUCAAGCUGCAGUACUGGAACCACAGAGAGCUGAUGAUGGGAGACGAGGGCCGGCCGGCGAAGAAGAUCAAGGUGAAAGGAAGGGUGAAGCGGCCGGAACGGCCCCCCGAGAACCCCGUCAUCGACCCGACGAUCAAGUUCGACCGGCAGCCGGAGUACCUGGACAGCACGGGCGGGACGCUGCACCCGUACCAGCUGGAGGGUUUGAACUGGCUCCGGUUCUCCUGGGCUCAGGGAACCGACACCAUCCUGGCCGACGAGAUGGGUCUGGGGAAGACGGUGCAGACCGCCGUCUUCCUCUACUCGCUGUACAAAGAGGGUCACUCCAAGGGUCCGUUCCUCGUCAGCGCUCCCCUCUCCACCAUCAUCAACUGGGAGCGGGAGUUUGAGAUGUGGGCGCCCGACAUGUACGUGGUGACGUACGUCGGGGACAAGGACAGCCGCGCCGUCAUCAGGGAGAACGAGUUCUCCUUCGAGGACAACGCCAUCCGAGGGGGGAAGAAGGCGUCCAGGAUGAAGAAAGACUCAUCCAUCAAGUUUCACGUCCUGCUGACGUCGUACGAGCUGAUCACCAUCGACAUGGCGGCGCUCGGCUCCAUCGACUGGGCGUGUCUGGUGGUGGACGAGGCCCACCGGCUGAAAAACAACCAGUCCAAGUUUUUCCGGGUGUUGAACAACUACCCUCUGCAACACAAACUGCUGCUGACUGGAACUCCUCUGCAGAACAACCUGGAGGAACUCUUCCACCUGCUCAACUUCCUCACACCGGAGAGAUUCAACACCUUGGAGGUUUUCCUGGAGGAAUUUGCCGACAUUGCAAAGGAAGACCAGAUCAAGAAGUUGCACGACAUGCUGGGCCCGCACAUGCUCCGGAGGCUGAAGGCCGACGUCUUCAAGCACAUGCCCUCCAAGACGGAGCUCAUCGUCAGAGUGGAGCUCAGCCCCAUGCAGAAAAAGUACUACAAAUUCAUCCUGACGAAAAACUUUGAGGCCCUGAACACAAAAGGAGGAGGCAACCAGGUUUCACUGCUCAACGUCGUCAUGGACCUCAAGAAAUGCUGCAACCACCCCUACCUCUUCCCUGCAGCUGCUAUGGACGCUCCAAAGAUGCCCAACGGGAUGUACGAUGGGAGCGCGCUCACUAAAUCCUCUGGAAAGCUGACCCUGCUGCAGAAGAUGAUGAGGAAGCUGAAGGAGGGAGGACAUCGAGUGCUCGUCUUUUCUCAGAUGACCAAGAUGUUAGAUUUACUGGAAGACUUCCUAGAGAACGAGGGCUACAAGUACGAGAGGAUAGACGGAGGAAUCACUGGAGGGAUGAGGCAAGAAGCUAUCGACCGUUUCAAUGCUCCCGGCGCGCAACAGUUUGCCUUCCUGCUGUCGACGAGGGCCGGCGGUCUGGGCAUCAACCUGGCCACGGCCGACACCGUCGUCAUCUACGACUCAGACUGGAAUCCUCACAACGACAUCCAGGCCUUCAGCAGAGCUCAUCGUAUCGGUCAGAACAAGAAGGUGAUGAUCUACCGCUUCGUCACCAAGGCGUCCGUGGAGGAGAGGAUUACUCAGGUUGCCAAGAAGAAGAUGAUGCUGACUCACCUGGUGGUCCGGCCCGGUCUCGGGUCCAAGACCGGCUCCAUGUCCAAACAAGAGUUAGACGACAUCCUCAAGUUUGGAACAGAGCAGCUCUUCAAAGAUGAACUCAGUGAAGGAGGUGAGAGCAAAGAGGAGGACAGCAGCGUCAUUCACUACGAUGACAAAGCCAUCGACCGGCUGCUGGACAGGAACCAGACAGAUACGGACGAACCGGAGCUGCAGAGCAUGAACGAAUACCUGAGCUCCUUCAAAGUGGCUCAGUACGUGGUCAAAGACGAGGAGGAGGAGGAGGAGGAGGUGCAGCGCGAGAUCAUCAAGCAGGAGGAGAGCGUGGACCCCGACUACUGGGAGAAGCUGCUGCGGCAUCACUACGAGCAGCAGCAGGAGGAUCUGGCACGAAACCUGGGCAAAGGCAAACGCAUCCGCAAGCAGGUCAACUACAACGACGGCUCGCAAGAAGACAGAGCUGAUUGGCAGGACGAUCAAUCGGACGGCCAGUCGGAUUACUCUGUAGCGUCUGAGGAGGGAGACGAGGACUUCGAUGAGAGAUCAGAAGCGAACUCCCGCAGGCCCAACAGGAAGGGCCUGAGGAACGACAAAGACAAGCCGCUGCCCCCCCUGCUGGCCAGGGUGGGAGGCAACAUCGAGGUGCUGGGUUUCAAUUCUCGGCAGAGGAAAGCCUUCCUGAACGCAGUGAUGCGUUACGGGAUGCCUCCCCAAGACGCCUUCACCACCCAGUGGCUGGUCCGAGACCUGCGGGGGAAAUCUGAGAAGGAAUUCAAAGCCUACGUCUCUCUGUUCAUGCGUCACCUCUGUGAACCCGGCGCCGACGGGGCCGAGACGUUCGCCGACGGCGUCCCCAGAGAAGGGUUGUCACGGCAACACGUGCUCACCCGCAUCGGGGUUAUGUCCCUUAUUCGCAAAAAGGUCCAGGAGUUCGAGCACGUCAACGGCCAGUGGUCGAUGCCCUGGAUGGCCGAGCUGGAGGAGAACAAGAGAGCUCCGGGUCAGCCCGACUCGCCCGGGAAAACGCCGUCCACCGGCACGCCGGCCGACACGCAGCCCAACACCCCGGCCCCAGUUGAAGAUUCCUCAAAGACUGACGAGGCGGCUAAAGACGGAGAGAAGGAGGCGAAGAAGGAGACGGAGGCGGAGAAGAACGGCAAAGAUCCAGUCAAGGCCAACGACGAGGUCAUCGCCAUCCCGGACGACGACGAGAAGAGUCCGGCCGCAGAGGAGGAGAAGAACGGCCCGGUUGCCAUGGAGACGGACAAACCGAGCAACGGCGAGGCCGACGGCGUGAAGGAGAAGGAAAGUGAGAAGGAGGGAGGAGGAGAGAAGAAGAGUCCGGAAGGAGGAGAGGAAGCCAAGGUGGUGCCGUCAGAGGACAAGACGGAGGCGUCGGAGGUCAAACCUGUCGCCUCGGAGGUCAAAGUGGAGGAAAAGAAAGAAGAGAAGACAGAAGUUAUGGACACCACUCCUGCAGAGGACAAGAAAGACGUGAAGGAGGAGAAGGAGGUGCCGAAGCCGGAGGACGCCACCAAACUGCAGAACGGAGACGGCAGCAAAGAGGGCGCGGCCUCGGCCUCGGCCCCGGCCGCCCCCCCGACCCCCGUCACCGCCGCCGCUGCUGCUGCUGCCGCCAGCGGAGUCAGCGAGGAGAAGAAGAAAGCCAAGACUCGCUUCAUGUUCAACAUCGCAGACGGAGGAUUCACAGAGCUCCACUCGUUGUGGCAGAAUGAGGAACGUGCUGCCACCGUCACCAAGAAAACCAACGAGAUCUGGCACCGUCGCCAUGACUACUGGCUGCUGGCCGGCAUCAUACAACACGGCUACGCCCGCUGGCAGGACAUCCAGAACGACGCCCGGUUCGCCAUCCUCAACGAGCCUUUUAAAGGAGAGAUGAACCGGGGGAACUUCCUGGAAAUCAAGAACAAGUUCCUCGCCAGACGAUUCAAGCUGCUGGAGCAGGCGCUGGUGAUCGAGGAGCAGCUGCGUCGCGCUGCCUACCUGAACAUGUCGGAGGACCCGUCCCACCCCUCCAUGGCCCUCAACACGCGCUUCAGCGAGGUGGAGUGUCUGGCCGAGUCGCACCAGCACCUCAGCAAGGAGUCCAUGUCCGGGAACAAGCCGGCCAACGCCGUCCUGCACAAAGUGCUGAAGCAGCUGGAGGAGCUGCUGAGUGACAUGAAGGCCGACGUCACCCGCCUCCCGGCAACCAUCGCCCGGAUACCGCCGGUUGCCGUGCGACUCCAGAUGUCGGAGAGGAACAUCCUGAGCCGGCUGGCGAGCCGAGGCCCCGACACACAGGCACAGGCACAGCAGAUGUCGCAGCAAUAGACUAAGAAGUCUCUAACCCGGAACCUCCUCCUCCUCCACGUCAACAUUCCUGACUGGUGCAGCCAAAUGACGGACAGUUCAAGCUGAAGCCACGCCCAGUUCAACCCCCGCCCCAAAACAGACUUUACAGUUUUGUUGGAGGAUCAAACGUCCUCCGGAAAUGACCACCGGAAAAUGAGGCUGUGGACAGAAAGGCUAUUUUAUUUUUUAUUUUUUUUCUUUCCUUUUUUCAGUUUCUUUAUUAAUAUUAUUGAUAUAAUGUUAUUAUGAUGGUUUUUUUGGGACCUGAAUGAAUAAAAAAAAAAAAAAA